AGAGGAUACGAUGGCAAUUGCAGGCAACAGAUAAUACCCGUUCCUCCACGCCCCUUCCUAUCUUUGGCCUCUGCUCGUCACCGGACGAUCUCCACCAUUCGUUCCAUGGCCGAUUCUGCAUCUUCCGAGUUCAAGAAAGUCCAGAUCCACAGAGAUGAUACUACAUUUGAUGCGUAUGUUGUUGGAAAAGAAGAUGCGCCCGGGAUAGUGGUCAUGCAGGAGUGGUGGGGAGUUGAUUAUGAGAUCAAGAACCACGCUUUACACAUUUCCAAACUCAAUCCCGGUUAUAGAGCACUCAUCCCAGAUUUGUAUCGUGGAAAAGUUGCUUUAGAUGUUGCUGAAGCACAACAUAUGAUGGAAGGUCUUGAUUGGCCAGGUGCUAUUAAGGACAUAUGUGCUGCUGUCAAUUGGCUUAAGGCAAAUGGCUCAAAAAAGGUGGGUGUGACAGGACUUUGCAUGGGAGGUGCUCUGGCAAUUGCUAGUGCUGUUUUGGUACCUGAAGUUGAUGCUGUUGUUGCCUUCUAUGGAGUUCCUUCAUCGCAACUUGCAGACCCCUCGCAGGCUAAGGCACCCGUGCAGGCUCAUUUUGGGGAGAUUGAUCAUUUCGUUGGUUUUUCGGAUGUCACGGCUGCCAAGUCCCUGGAAGAAAAACUGAAAUCGUCGGGAAUUCCAUAUGAGGUACACCUUUAUGCUGGCAAUGGACAUGAGUUUAUGAACAUGUCCCCUGAAGGCCUCAAGAGGAGGAAGGAAAUGGGACUGAACGACGAGGACAAGGAAGCUGUGGAUUUGGCAUGGUCUCGCUUCAGCUCUUGGAUGAGUCGCUACCUGUCUACUUGACUCGCUUGAAUCUUCGUGUUUAUCGUAUCUCUUAAGCUUGCUUAGGGCCUGUUUGGAUGCUACUCAAUAAGUAACUUUUUUAAGUUGCAAGUGAAUAAGUUAUUAGUUAGGUUAGUUGGUAAGUGUGAUUGUAAAAGUAACUUAUGUGAUGAAGGUUACUUAUUUUCGUAA